GAAGAUAUCAUUAUUGAUUAUAAGUAAUAGUUUAAUUAAUAUAGCCGCAAUCAUGGCCGAAACACACUCUCUAAAACAUGAGAAAAUAUUUACGAAAGAUCAAAAUGAAAUAUUUGAAGCUUACUGUCAAAGGAUUGAUAAAUUUCUUCUGAAUUUCAAGAAAAGUCGAAGUCUGUCAGAUAUAUACGUCGAUGAUGACAUAUUUGCAAUGGUUAACCAACUGGCAACCAGAGAUAUGAGAUCGGCCAUCAUUGCAUAUUUGGCUUCACGUGAAGAUAUCGUUGAUAUAUUCCUGAUGGUUUGGAAAAACCUUACUGAAGUAAACAUUUCCACCUUUUUUGAUUUGAUAACGUGUAUUUGUAGCCUUACACAUUAUUCGGAAGAGUUUGGAUAUGCAUUUGGCGAAAAGGGGUGUCUUCCUUUGCUUUUUCUUCAUCUACACAAGGAAGAUCUCGACGAAAGUCAAAUCGGUGUAAUACUCGCCAUCCUUUAUAACUGUUGCUGGAAAGCUCCAGAGAACAGAAUUAUCUGUCGAGAAUUCAUCGAUACCCUCCAGGUGUUUGCGCAAUCUCAGGACCCUGUGAUUCAGGCCGAUGCAUUCCUGGCGCUAUCGUAUAUUGUCGACAAAUCAGAGGUUCAUAAGAUUUCCUUGAAUGAACCAUGUCUGAAUUUUAUCCUGCUAGCCCUCGAGUCGGCCAUGAGCGCUCAAGGUGCGCAAAAUGCGUUCGGAUACUCGACCCUCGAACUUCUACAAGGCCUCAACCAGCUCGCCAUAAACGACUGCAACAAGCUUCUCAUCGUAAAUCGUGGAGGGAUAGAAAUCCUUGAGAGAAUCUUAACUGGCAAAGGAUCCAGCAAUGAAGAAAAGCUUUGGGCUGCUCGAGGAGUGUGGCAAAUGGCAUUCAAAGAAGAGAACAAAGUCAAAAUACGGCAGUCAGCAGCAACCAUCGAAGCACUGAGGAAAACUGAGGAAACCACUGAUCAUUGCGAUGUCAAAGAAGCAUGCGCAGGUGCACUUUUCGUUAUCAAUGAAGUGUCGGACAUCGAUGGUGUAUUCGAAGGUCCGAUCCCUGCUCAUAAGGAUAAGAGGGAGGUUUUGCCAGGCAACGAAACUGACGGGCAUGUUAUGAUUAGCUACCAGCAUAAGAGUCGGGAUCGUAUGCUGAAAGUCAAGAGCUACCUUGAGGGUCUUGGAUACGACGUCUGGAUGGAUGUGGACAGAUUGGAAGGUGACAUAUUGGAUUCCAUGGCCAAAGCGGUUCAGAGAGCUGCGGUAGUCUUGGUUUGCAUGACCCGAACAUUCAAGGAGAGUCAACAUUGUCGCACAGAAGCCACCUAUGCCUACACCCUGAAUAAGGACAUAAUUCCACUAAUGCUUCAAGAUCAGUUCGCCCCAGAGGACUGGCUCGGUGCCCUCGUUGGAAUGAAGAAGUAUUACCCUUUAUUUUCAGACGAUCUUAUGAAAAAAAACCUUCCUGACUUGGUCCGAGAUCUAGGAAACAGAGGCAAAUGUGGGAAAUCAGAUCGGGUCGAACCGUUUAUUGAUGGGUUCACAGAAUCGAGCCUUGUAACAGUCCACGGUCUGCGGCAAAAUGAUGAAAUAGCAGGAGACGAAGUAGAUUGCGGUGGAGGACUCACAGACAACCCAGCUGGCAACGAAAAGCUGUUGCAUUCGAGCUCAUAUACCAAGGCUGAAGAUAUAGUGACGUGGGAUGGGGAAGAAACGCGGAAAUGGCUGAGAUCAAAAGGUGUCGACACCAGUAAUGACAGUUUCAAGAAGGUGGAUGGCACUCGCCUGAAGCAGAUCAAGAACCUGCUAAACCUGGCGCCAGAAUUUUGCCUAAAAUCUCUGAAGGAGGAAUUGGGUCUUAGCUUGUGGGACGUCCUUUCGUUAGUAGAUGCGUUGGAGAAACUAGAGUUCUGAAAAUGUAUGUAAAGCGUUAAAUUGGUAUUACUUUAUAUAUAAUGUAUAUGCAUGUUUUAACAAUAAACGGCCGAAGGGACCGGUGGGUUGGGGGACGUCCCAGCCCCCUCAACAUUUUCUGCGGCUAUUCCACUGCCCAAAACUUUCUGACCGCGCUGCCUGCUGAUUUUUAGUUUCAAGUCUUGAAAGUAAGAUCAGUGGUAAAUACCCGGUGGUUAUACUUUUGUAUUGAAUUAAUCAAAGUAUGCUAUUGAGAGCAAUGAAAAGUAUUAUUGUAAAUGAUGGUGGCACUGUGGUGGUACUAUGGUGGUAUUAUGUUACAAACCAUGGUACUCACAUUUUAGAAAAAGUGCAAUACCAUAUUUCAUUGACUUACUAAAUUCUGAAUAAAUUUUUACUUUCAUAGCCUUGAAAUCAACUCAAAUUUUUGCCAUUGUUUUAGUCUCCAUUUCAAUCCAAUUAAUAUUUGAAUUUUUAAUUGUCUAAUAUUCAUCACUUUUUAAUAUUGCAUUUACAUAGUUUUUUUCAUUCUAUUUUAUUGUAUUUAAUGAAUUUUUAUGUACACUUGCUCUUUAAAAAUUAUUUAUAACCUAUGUACAUCACAAAUCCUUACAUGUACCUGUUUAAAUUGUAAUUGUUGCUUUUACCCAUGUAUGACUUGUGAACAUUUUGUUGUAAACAUGCUAAUUUCAGACUUUUGGCUGUGUAACAUGUAUUGUUUUUUAUACGAAAUAAACCAUGAUUGAAUUGAAUUGUGACAGUACUGUUAAUGUUCUAUGGGAAUUUAAAUGGAGGUACUCUCAUUUAUACGAUUUUGUUCCAUGAAAUACCACAGCAACAUGCUACCAAACGUUGCUUUUUGGGGGAAACCAUUGUUGAAUUAUACUUUUACCAUAUGCAUCCAAAGACGCUUCACGGGGAAAAAUAGUUCAAGUUUCAUCACAGUGCCUAAAAAAGAAGUAAAUAGGUGUAACACCACCUUACCAUAAUAACCAUUAAGUCUAAUUUUGAUAUUGAUAUAAUUCAAUCGCCCUCUUUGUAUUAUUUUAAAUAUAGACUGAAAAGUUUCUUUUGCAAUCGUAUGCUUGUGUGUAGAACGCUUUACUUGACAUUUCCAGUAACUAUCUUGCAGACCUCUAUGUAUUCAUAUUUCUUCAUUUGAUUCGUCUUUUUCAUUGCGUUAGGAGUUUUACAUCUCUUAUAUUUUCUGGGAACCAAAAACAUAUGUUUUCAAGCUACGCUUUUUAAUACGUCACUCAUAUUGUCAUUAUUUUGCUUUGUAAAGCAUUGAUGUAAUUUGUUCAUUAUGUUCUUAUUUGCUCACGAUGUGUGUUUUUUUGUGAAAUAAUAAUCUAAAUGAAAGAAAUCAAAUCAAAUAACCACGAUUAUACCCUCGAUUGAAGUACAAGAACUAUGCAUGCCUAUGUCAUGUGUAAUAAAGCGAGCUUUCGCUCAAUGCAGAAUGAAUAUUACAACGCAGCAAAAGCAUUGAAAAUGUAAGUGAAAUCACAUGAAGUCUUUGUUGAGUGUCGGUGAACCCUCCCGCAAAUAUGCAAAUAUGUCGUUUGUUCACAGUCACGCACGAAACUUCUGUUGUUGUUUUUUUCGACAAAGUCUUCGUUGUCAUGAAACGCAUUUGACAGUAGAUAUUUUACAUUAUAUAUAUUUGUGGAAAACUCAAUGAAAG